AUGGCGCGCAGUGUGGUACAGUUAGAGGAGCUAAGGGAAGAGGUGGUGGCGAUGAGAGGCGCUUUGGGGGAGACGGAGAGGAGGCUGCAGGAGGCGGAGGAGAGGGCGGAGAGGGCGGAAGGGGAGGUGCGGGAGAGGAGCGACGAGGUGGAGGAGCUGAGGGGGCAGGUGGGCGUGCUGAUGGAGCGACUCAAAAGCAAGGACAAUGAUGUGCGGCAGCUGUCAGAAACCCUCUCUCAGCACCGCGCCCAAGCAGCAUCUGCUGCCGCCGCUGCCGCACAUUCUGCCAGCACAGCAGCCAUUUCCGCACAUACUGCCGCACAUUCUGGAACAGCAAGUUCGGGCGCAGGAGAGGGAGAGACAGGAGAAGCAGGGUCGAAGAAUUCAGGAGCCAAGGAUUCAAGAGGAGCAGUGUAUUCAGGAGGAGCAGUGGACUCGGCGUCAGCGCUUGCGGUGUGGAGUGUGGCUCGGGCGGCUAGUGUGGGGGCGAGUGGAGAGAUGAUGGAGAGUGCUUCGAGAUCGCUGGCUGCUAUUGAGUAUGAUGACGCUGCUAUCGCUCGCAUUCAGGAGAACCCCCAGGAAUCCGUUCUCGUUUUCCUCACCACGCACAUCAUCGGCCUCUCCCCCCAAGGCCUCCCUCUGGCCGCCCCAGCCAUCUACCGCACCCUCCUCCACUUUGGCGCCUUCCCCCCCGCCUCCUCCCCCUCCGCCCCCGCCCUCCUCUCCUCCACCAUCCGCCACCUGCAAGCCGCCAUCCUUCCAGAAGAGGAAACCCUUUCUAUUUCAGGAGGAGGGGUGGGGCCGGGUGGGGUGCCGGUGGUGAGAGUGAAGGAGCAGUGCUACUGGCUGUCGAAUGUGGCGUGCUUGAUGCUGCUGGUUGAGGUGGUGUAUAAACCUGCUGCCGCUGCCGCUGCCGCGGACAAACCUAAGCCUGCUGCUGGCUCCAACUGGUUCACGAACAUGUUUCAUGCCCCGUCAUUCAGCGAUGCAUCAAGGCAGCAGCAGCAGCAACAGCAGCAGCAGCAGCCAGCGCUGGGCUCAGUCGAGUUCCUCGUGUUCAAGCAGGAGCUCGCAGUGCUGCUGGACGACGCCUUUCUGGAGCUCCGUGCUUCUGUCAACCUUGAACUACAGACCCUCGUCUCUCUCCUAGCACAGGUAGUGACUGGUGCACGUAAAGUCGAUCUGGAUCUCGCAGUGCUGCUGGACGACGCCUUUCUGGAGCUCCGUGCUUCUGUCAACCUCGAACCACAGACCCUCGUCUCUCUCCUAGCACAGGUAGUGACUGGUGCACGUAAAGUCGAUCUGCAGGAGCUCGCAGUGCUGCUGGACGACGCCUUUCUGGAGCUCCGUGCUUCUGUCAACCUCGAACUACAGACCCUCGUCUCUCUCCUAGCACAGGUAGUGACUGGUGCACGUAAAGUCGAUCUGCCCCUCCUUCCUUCAUGCCGACCUACCUCCCCUCCGUGCCUCCCCUCCGUGCCUCCCCUCCGUGCCUCCCCUCCGUGCCUCCCCUCCGUGCCUUCCCUCCGUGCCUCCCCUCCGUGCCUCCCCUCCGUGCCUUCCCUCCGUGCCUCCCCUCCGUGCCUCCCCUCCGUGCCUCCCCUCCGUGCCUCCCCUCCGUGCCUUCCCUCCGUGCCUCCCCUCCGUGCCUCCCCUCCGUGCCUCCCCUCCGUGCCUCCCCUCCGUGCCUCCCCUCCGUGCCUCCCCUCCGUGCCUCCCCUCCGUGCCUCCCCUCCGUGCCUCCCCUCCGUGCCUCCCCUCCGUGCCUCCCCUCCGUGCCUCCCCUCCAACAGCCUCAUGCUGCGCAGCCACUGGUGUCCCAUCACGCUCGCCAAUGGAGAAGCCAUGGAGCAAGGGCUGCAAGCACUCGAAGCAUGGCUCUCAGAGCACGUGCACCCCUGGCUGGAUGGAACAGCAACAGGAAUGGGCAUGAGCAGGAGCGUGGGGAGCAUCGGAGCAGGCACUGCUGCUGGAAGCGUGGGAGGGGGGUCGCGGACCAGGCUAAUAGACGCCCUGCAGCACACGUACCAGGCGGUGUUAUUGCUGACGGCAAAACAAAAAGCACGGAAGACCAUGGAGGAGGUGGUAGCGAUGUGUCCGUCGCUCAACUUCACGCAGCUCACCAUCCUGUGCUCGUGGUUCGAGGACGAGGUGUAUGGCUCACGGGGCUUCGACAGGGCUGUGCUGCAGCAGCUGAGGGGAGCAGGGGAGGACUACGAGUCUGAACUCCUGGAGGCGUUUGAAGGCCUGCCUUUCACCCCCACAGCCGUGGUAGCAGCAGUGCCGCCAAUCAACCCCAUGAUGGCAGCGGGUCGUGUGGACUUGAAAUGGGUGCGGCGGCGCGUGACGGAAGCGCUCCUCGUGAGCGGCGCAGUGGUGGCGUGCCUCGUUAACCACCAUGUUCCCCAGCCAUACAUGGACGAGAUUUUCCACGUGCCUCAGACACAGCAGUACUGCCGAGGGGACCUGCUGACGUGGCAUCCGCUCAUCACCACGCUGCCUGGCCUUUACUACCUAGCUCUUAUAUUCGUGGGCGCACAAUACGCCCUCCUGCAACUCCUAGGCAUCGUCAAAACCGCUGCCCACGUGGCAUCCACGUCAGACGCCACGUCCGACGCCACGUCAGCAGCAGGCGUGUCAUUCGCAUCCCUGUGCUCCCCUGUGACGCUGCGAUCCCUCAACCUCCUCCUCCUCGUCCUCUCCUUCCCUCUCUUCUACUCCACUGCCCGUGCUGCUGCUGCCGGUGCUGCUGCCGGUGCUGCUGCCGGUGCUUCUGGUGCUUCUGAUGCUGCUGCUGUAACAUCAGACACAGCUCGUUCAAAGAAGGCGGGCAAGCCCUAUUCACAGCCUCGAGGUGUCGCUGCCCUCCUGCACAGAUACGAAACCCUAUAUGACACCAAAGACGAAACGCAAGACGACACCAGAGAUGGAACUCAAUACGAAACUGGGAACGACGCGCAAGCUGACACCAAAAGCCGCACCCCCGGCCACGCGCCUUGGGACGAAGUCGACGAGGACUGCACGUGGAGGGCGGCGAUGUUUGUCCUGUUCCCGCUGCACUGGUUCUUUGGAUUCUUGUUCUACACCGACGUGGCCUCGUCUGUAGCCGUGCUGGCUAUGAUGCGAUGUGUGUACAAGAAGCAACACUACCGCGCUGCACUGCUAGCAGCAGGCAGCAUCAUCAUUCGCCAGAACAACGCCGUGUGGGCGCUGCUUGCUCUCUGCCUCUCCGUCUCGCACUUCCUGGCCGUGCCUGUUCUACUGACAGUGACCCCCCAACCCCAAGGGACUCCACAGCUGACGACUUCUCUGAUCACUCCCAAGGGGACUUGUAAAGACGGGGCAGAAAAAGACGAGGCGGAAAAGGAUGAGGCGAAAAAGGACGAGGAAGAAAAAGAUGAGGCGGAAAAAGACGAGGCGGAAAAAGACGAGGCGGAAAAAGACGAGGCGGGAAAGGACGAGGCAGAAAGAGAUGAGGACAGCAGGGGCAGAACCGACAAACAUGGGACCUUACGCAACGGCGCUGUCACCGAUUUUCAAGAAAGAAGCUUCCCGGAUCCUUCUUGGGUCACAGAGGCGGCUGCGAGAGGGGAAGACGUCCCCAGGGCGCUGCUGCUGCUGCUGCACCGGGCGUGGGCCAUGCAGGGGAAGUUUCUCAGAAACUUCUUCCCGCUGCUGGUGGUGCUUGCGGCGUUCUUUGUCUUUGUGCGCGUCAACGGGGGAAUCGUUGUUGGUGCACGCACAGAGCACCGCCUCUCCCCCCAUCUCAUGCAACCACUCUACUUCGCAGCCUUCUCCGCCCUCUCCCUCUCGCCCCUCCUCCUCGCCCCCUCCUCCCUCCUCCCGCUCCUCUCCACCACCUCUCGCUCUCUCCGAUCAUCACCUGGUCGCUGCCUCGUCCUCUCUCUCCUCGCCUCCGCUCUGAUCUUUCUCGCUAUCAAACACUUCAGUCUCGCCCAUCCCUAUCUGCUAGCGGACAACCGCCACUACCCCUUCUACAUCUGGCGCCGCCUCAUCAACCCGCCCCACAGCCCGUCGCGGCGCUUUCUCCUCCUGCCACUCUAUGCUCUCUCUCUGCUCGCCCUCCACCACUCACUACGCCGUGCCAUGACCCCUCUCGGCCUCUUCUUUUUCUCAGCUGCCACAGGAGCAGUGCUCGUCCCAUCCCCACUCCUCGAAUUCCGCUACUUCAUCCCUCCCUUCCUGCUCCUACUGCUGCACCUCCCUCUACCUCGUAACCGCCUGGAAAAGAGGGUUGCUUGUGGUCUGGUUGUCGGUGCAUUUGCUGCUGUAGAUAUCGCCACUAUGGGACUCUUUCUAUUCCGCCCGUUCACGUGGGAGGGGCAUGAGGGCUUGCAACGGUUCUUGUGGUAA